CUAGGUGGCAUCUGUUGGCAAAUGGCAAUGCCAAACUUCUCGUAAUCUCGUCUAUUCCCUUCCUUCCCCUCCCUCCAGCCAAGGAUUUGAGUCCGGCAAGAAAGUCUGUCUGCAAACCCUAGUCGCUAAAGAAAGACGUACUACUCACAUUACAAUAUCUGUUCUAAGCUUCAGUGUUCACCUAACAUAAAUUUUCAAGUUUCCCUUGCAGAAUGGGAAUCAAGAUUGUGGUGGGACGAAGUGGGUCUGAGAUGCUCACAAAUGAGGCUGGCGAAACCACUAGUCACUUGGUUGGGAUGUUCUCUCGGACAAUUAGGCUUUUGGAGGCUGGAAUAAAGCCAGCCUAUGUUUUUGAUGGGAAACCUCCGGAUUUGAAGAAACAGGAGCUUGCAAAGCGUUUCUCAAGAAGGGAAGACGCAACAGCUGGCCUAGCGGCAGCUGAAGAGAUCGGCAAUAAGGAGGACAUUGAAAAGUUCAGUAAAAGAACUGUAAAGGUCACACAGCAACACAAUGAUGACUGCAAAAAACUUCUUAGAAUGAUGGGAGUACCGGUAGUUGAGGCUCCUUCUGAAGCAGAAGCACAAUGUGCUGCACUAUGCAAGGCUGAUCAGGUUUAUGGUGUGGCCUCAGAAGAUAUGGAUUCCUUAACUUUUGGAGCUCCAAAGUUUCUUCGCCAUUUGAUGGAUCCUAGCUCCAAAAAGAUACCUGUAAUGGAAAUUGAAGUUAUAGAAGAGCUGGAACUUACAAUGGAUCAGUUCAUUGACCUGUGCAUUUUAUGUGGAUGUGAUUACUGUGAUAGUAUACGAGGUAUUGGGCCGCAAACUGCUCUGAAGCUUGUUCGCCAACAUGGUUCCCUAGAAAGCAUAUUAGAGAAUAUUAACAAAGAAAGAUAUCAGAUACCAAAUGAGUGGCCAUACGAAGAGGCUAGACGUCUUUUUAAAGAACCUCUAGUCCUAAAGGGCGAUGAUCAACCUGAGCUCAAAUGGGGUGCUCCUGAUGAAGAGGGGUUGGUUGAAUUCCUGGUUGACCAAAAUGGAUUCAACAAAGACAGAGUGACCAAGGCAAUAGAAAAGAUCAAGGCAGCUAAGAAUAAGUCUUCUCAGGGCCGGUUAGAAUCGUUCUUCAAACCAGCUGCUAGUAGUGCAUCAGUGCCAGCUAAAAGAAAGGAGACAACCGGGGCUGCUGAUAAAGGAGCGGCAAACAAGAAAUCAAAAGCCGGGGGCGGGAAGAAGAAUAAGAAGAAAUAGUUGAUUGGGUAGUAAAACCAAACAGGGUUUCAGAAGGCGAGAUUAACGCAAACAUAUGGAUUCUUCAUGGAUGGCAAUGGCAUGCAUGAUUUUGAAUUCAUAUUUGAAAUGGAUGUGUUGAGGGCAAGUUCGGUUGUAGCUAAAACAUGCUAAAGGAUUUUCAAUUGCAAGCUUGCGUGCCAUCAUUUUGUCCUUUUAUGUUACUCCCUCCUUCUGUCUGUUUUGGACGAUUAUGUUUG